AUGAUAGGGGAAGAGGAGAUAGGAGCAAAACUAGAUGAAGUCUAUACUGAGAUGAUAACUUGGCGCAGCAAUUUAUUUGAAGUUCCAAGGGGCAGAGCCGGGAAAGACUACAUUGAGGAGGUGUCUAGGAUUCUCAGUGAGUUUACAUAUAACACAAAAUGGAAACCUUUUUCCUUAAAGCUCGUCCAUGUGUUCAUGCCCUUGAUGCUCCAGCGCCCAACACCAAAAUCGAAACCCAAGCAGAACACCAAAUAUCUAAAGGAAAGGCUUAAGUUGUGGGCAGACGGUGAAAUUGAUGCAAUUAUGAAACAAUGCCGUCAAAUUCAGGCUCAUCUGGACAAAAAGCAAAAAGACAGGGUCAUGAAUCAUAAGAAAGAUUUCUGCAGAUUGAUGCUACAAGGGCGAGUCCAGAAAGCCCUUAAGUACAUCAAUGAUGAAGAAAAACUUAGCAGUGGUGUACAUAAUCUUACACAAGCAGUUAUUGAUGAGCUUAAGAAAAAGCACCCAGAAGCUAGCCCUGAACAUCCGGAGGUCAUGCUAGAGGUCAAAUCAGAGCUUCCUGAUCAAGUAAUUUAUGAAAGUAUUGAUGCUGACCUGAUUCAGAAAGUGGCAAAAGAUCUAGAUGGGGCAGGAGGUCCAACAAAGAUAAGUGCCCAUAUUUUCAAGCAUAUGAUAUGCUCAAGAUUCCACAGCACUGAAUCAGAUAAGCUUGCCCAGACAGUAGCUGAUCUGACUAAAAAGCUCUGCACAGAACAAACUCCAUCUAGCUACCUAAAAGAGUUUGUUGCAGGAAGACUUAUACCCCUGGACAAAGAGCCUGGCUCUAUAGUUCCUGCCAUAAGACCAAUAGGAAUUGGAGAAGUCCUUCGAAGAAUCGUUGCCAAAGCAGUCACAAGAAUACUCAAGUUGGACAUCCAAAUGGCUGCUGGGAGUCUUCAAACAUGUUCAGGGACAGAGUCGGGCAUAGAAGCUGCUAUUCACGGAAUGAAAGCAGUUUUCGAGGACGAAGACUGCGAAGCAGUGUUGUUGAUCGAUGCCAAGAAUGCUUUUAACUCCCUCAAUAGAAAGGUAGCACUAAACAACAUAAGAGAACUGUGUCCAUCUCUUCAUUGCUUCCUCCAAAACUGUUAUCAAGAUUCAACAGAUCUAUACAUAGUGGAUGAAAAGGGACAGCUUGAAAUCAUCAAGGGAGAAGAUGGUUCAACCCAAGGCGACCCAGCAGCCAUGGCUAAAUAUGCAAUAUCAAUAAGACCAUUAAUGGAUGACAUCACCAGAAACCAAGACCAUGUGUUACCCUUAGCAAAACAAGCCUGGUUUGCAGAUGAUGGAACAGCAGGGGGAAAACUUCUUCAGCUUAAGAAGCUCUGGGACACCUUACAACAGUUAGGACCAAAGUAUGGUUAUUUCCCAAAUGCUACAAAGACUGUGUUAAUAGUCAAGGACCUAGUAAAUCUUCCUGCAGCUAAUGCUAUCUUCAAAGAUUCAGGGGUUCACAUAAAGAGGGACGGAGAGAGACACCUUGGGGCUGUUAUUGGAUCAGAAAACUACAGAGACCUUUAUGUGAAAAAUAAAGUUUCAUCCUGGAUUGAAGAUGUUAAACAACUGGCUGAGAUUGCCAAAGAAGAACCUCAAAUAGCAUAUUCUGCUUACACUAAAGGGUUGAGUCAUAGAUGGUCUUUUGUUCAAAGAACAAUUGGAGGGAUAUCAGAGCUGUUUAGACCCCCUGAAGAAGCAAUUAGAACAAUACUUCUUCCUUCUAUAUUCAAUCGCCCAGUAACAGACCUAGAGAGAGACAUGGUCGCACUACCUCUUAGACACGGUGGCUUAGGAAUUCAAAAUCCUGUUCAUACAGCAGACAGAGAAUAUGAGGCGUCACAGAAAAUCACAAAACCUCUGGCUAAUCUUAUCUAUAACCAAGAUCAUGAUCUAGGCAAACUUGACCUCACAGCUAUUGCAAACACCAAAGCAGCACUGAAAGCUGAAAAAGAAAAAGAUUUUGCAGCAGAGAGACUCAGAAUAGAAAACGCAAUAAGUUCUCCAGCAAAGAAAAGAUCGUUUUCACUGGCUACACAAAAAGGCAGUUCAUCCUGGCUGUCAGCCCUCCCAAUGCAGUCUUAUGGUUACUGCUUGAACAAGAAGGACUUUAGAGAUGGUAUAUGUUUACGAUAUGGCUGGCCUAUACAAGAUAUUGCUAAACACUGUGCGUGUGGAGAAAGAAACUCCGUCGAUCAUGCCCUUUCUUGUAAAAAAGGAGGGUACGUUUCCUUUAGACAUACAGUGCUUGUAGAAACCGAAGCAGAUCUACUACGUGAGGCUAAAUGUAGAAACGUUUAUACUGAGCCAGCUCUCUUACCAACGUCUCCAGAACUUCAUCCCAAAGGAACUACUACUGACAGCGGAGCAAGGCUAGAUAUUGUUGCAACUGCAUUAUAUGGCAGGAAUGCCAGGACUUUCAUGGAUGUAAGAAUAACACACCCAAAUGCACCAUCAAACCUUAAUGUUCCCCUGGACAAGUUGUACAAGAGAAAUGAGGAAGAAAAAAAAACUAAGUAUAACUCACGAGUCAUCAACACUGAAAGAGCGUCUUUCAUUCCUCUAGUAUUUUCUACAGCAGGGACUACAGCACCAGAAUGUGACAGAUUUCACAAACGUCUUGCUAGAUUGAUAUCAAAGAAGAGAAAGGAGAGCUACACAGAUGUUAUCAACUACAUCAGGACCAAGAUAUGCUUUGCUAUGCUUAAAAGCAUAGUGGUAUCAGUUCAUGGUGUGAGGAGUCAAGAAGAAAAGAAAGUAACAAAAACGGUUGCUGACACAGCAUUUGGACUUAUACCUAGUAUGACCUCUUAUGAGUGCCGUUAA